AAAGAGAGACAGAGAGAGAGAGAGAGCUAGAGGUACUAGUAGCCAUGGCGAUGAAGGGGAAGUUGCAGUGUGAGAUGGAAGUGAAACCAUCUGCCGACAAAGUGUACCAUGUGCUGAGGAAAACAUCACACCACAUCCCCAACCACACCUCGAAGAACAUCCAUGGAGUUGAGGUCCACGAAGGAGAUUGGGAGACUUCUGGAUCGAUCAAGAACUGGAAGUACACUCUAGACGGGAAGCCGGAGGUGUUGAAGGAGAAAAUGUUGUUCGACGACGAGAAGAAGCUGGUGACCUUGAUCGGGCUGGAAGGAGACGCAAUGAAGCUGUACAAAGUGUACACAGCCAAGUUCGAGAUCAAGCCGAAAGAUGUUGCCGCCGACGGCAGUGGCAGUGGCAAUGGCAGCAUUGUUAGCAUCACGGUGGAGUAUGAGAAGCUGAACCCUAGUUGCCCACCUCCAUACAAAUACCUGGAUUUCCUCGAGAGCGCUUUCCAGGACAUUACUGAAGCCGUUGCCUGAUCACCACCAACAAUCAAUGCAUAAGAUACAAAAUAAGUGUUGUGACUAUGGUUUAUAUGUUUUUGUUUCGUAUUUGAUGAUAUGGUAAUUUGUAAUGUUUGCUCAUCAAAACCUUUGUACGUGUCUGAAAAAAUAAUGAGAGGGCUUAGAGAUAGCUCUCUUGCAAAACUUUCUAGGUGUCUAAAGGUUAAUGAUCAGUUGGAAUAUUGUAUUGUAACGAAGUGGUCUUUGGUGGAAUAUGGUAUCAAUAAUUCGAGUUGUUUGUCAUCAAACAGUUUAUGAUACGGUAUACAAGCUGGCUCGACGGUAUGGUUUUGUGUUCGAGUCGUCAUGACCAUGGACGAUAUAAAAGUUGAAUUAAACAUGUUAUUGUAUGACGAGCGUGUACAAAAUUCACUUUCGUUCGAUGGACAUGUAAGAAAAUCGUAUAAGAUUCUACUAGACCCUCUCCAGAAUGGUAUAUGUAAAGUGAAAGACGAGGAUGCCUUUUAGCUACCAUUUCUACGAGAUUCAGCUAGGUUUAAUUGUCAAGAGA